AUGGGCGAACAGGCCGUUCGGUUCAAGGCUUCUGCCGCCGCAUACGAUGUUGGGCUCAGUACGGUUCGUAACGACAUCAAGUACGAGGACGAGGAGACCAGGGAGCUCCGCGCAGAGAUCGCCAGGCUCGAGGCGGAGCUCGCCGAGGAGAGGGCCGCGCCAGCGCCCGGGGUCGCGGACAGCAAGGAGAUGCUCGAGCUGUGGGACUCAUUCCCCUUUGGCGACCUGGGGCAGGGCAUCCGGCCCGACUGCCGGAGGAAGCGCGGCCCCGUCCGGGCCAUCUGGCGGGCCUAUUUCGAGCACACGAUGCCGGGCGGCCUGAAGUCCUCCGCGCUGCUGCACCUCGGGGCCCGCGCCGACGCGGAGCUGCACCGCGCGUACCCGGACGCGAGGCGCGACUGGCAGGAUACGUCCGGCCGCUUGACGUCUGGGCCUUGGGGCUGCUCACCCGUGGUGCUGUAUCCUGCGGCGUACGGCUGCGUGAAGGUCGAGGUGGGCAAGAGAGAGAUGACCGAGAAAGAGCUGAACAUGGUGCACAAUGGGCUCUUCCAGUUCGACACCAGGCUCGGCUAUCCCGAGUUCCCGCUUAGAGUGCAGGAGCAGGACGUCUACUCCCUGGGGCCCGCGUACGGCCCGAACAUGACGGAGGCCGCCGCGAAGAGGACGCUGCAGCCAGGGUCCAGGAACGAGCCGAUCGACUGGAAGAAGCUGAAUGCGGAGAAGCCAGUGAAGAUCGCCUGCCUCAGGUCCGUAUACCUCGCCUGCGACCGCCUCGGAGACUCGCGGGCACCGCACGUGCGGCUCGGGGGCGAGCGCGCGGACGAUUACGCGGAGGUGACGCAGCCAUACCGGGAGCACCAUGUCCACGGGGAGGGCAGCGGGCUCUCGUCCGCUGGCGGGCCGAGGGCGAGCGUGCUGAUGCCCCUCCACCCGGCGCAGUCCCCGGCGCUGAGGUUCAGGCCCACCAGGCUGUCCUGCGCAGGGCACUUCAUCGGCGGCUGGCUGGGGCAGGUGCACAGCGACUCGGGCGAGGGGGUGAUGUCGCACUGCAUGGUCCCAGACCUUCUGCCGUGUCUGCAGGCGCCGGAUACCAAGGGCCAGCUCGAGGGCUCGGACGUAUGCGGCGUCUUCAUGCAGUGCAGGGGGUGGCUGCGAGCGCACGCGGAGGCGGAGGUGGUCCUGUUCUCGGAUGAUGCCCAGCGGAAUCAGCUAUUCCUCCUCUGCAAUCCUGGCGGCGCGGAGCCCGCGAUCUCCGGGUUCGUCAAGCACACGCCACGGAAGGGAGACCUGUUCCGGCACGAGGUGCUGCUGGCAACAGAGGGUGCCGACUACCUCCUAGCCUUCGCGCGCGGCGGCCGCGACGCCAAGGCCACUGAGGCGGUCAUGGCGGCAGUGGAUCUCUCUGACAUCAGACGGCAAUGA